CUGGAAUAGAAGUGACAGCGCGAGAGACGGGAAGGGAGGAGUAAGAGAAGAACCAAGUCAUCGGUCUCUCUCUGUCGAUCUCGAUCUCGAUCUCGAUCUUCACGGGACCUGCUUACCAGUCUUCUCUCUCUCACUGAGAUCUGGCCUCUGGGGAAAAGGCGAAAACCUCCUGAGCGUGAGAUUCGGGGUCUCUGACUCGGAAGGGUAGUCGCCGAGUCCUAGCGAUUCUCUCCCGUGUUCUUCGGCUCGACAGCAGGGGGAGAUGCUGUCGAGCUACAUCCAGGAUGGACUCGGAUCGGCGAGGCACGCGUGGUCUCGUCUGCCUGACUCAGAGAGGGCGUCCGACGAGCUCGAGGGAAUCGAGUUCGCGACGCUCGGCUCCAGCGGCGUCGAGAGCCUCGACUACGAGAUUAUCGAGAACCAUGCAUACAGGGAAGAACAGGCGCAAAGGGGGAAGUUGUAUCGAUGUUACCACAUAAUGGUGAAAUGGUUCUUCUCUCUUCUUAUUGGAAUUGGCACAGGGUUGGCUGCAUUUUUCAUCAAUCUUGCGGUUGAGAAUUUCUCUGGAUGGAAAUUUGCUGCAACUUUUUCCAUAAUACAACACUCAUACCUUGCUGGUUUUUUAGUCUACAUGUUAUUUAAUUUGGCGCUAGUCUUAUCCUCUGUUUAUAUUGUCACAAGAUUUGCACCUGCAGCAGCGGGAUCUGGUAUUCCAGAAAUCAAGGGUUACUUGAAUGGGGUUGAUGCACCUGGCAUCCUCCUUUUCAGGACAUUGAUUGGAAAAAUCUUUGGGAGCAUUGGUUCUGUGGGAGGUGGCCUUGCUUUGGGAAAAGAAGGCCCUCUUGUUCACACUGGUGCUUGUAUUGCAUCCCUACUUGGGCAAGGUGGAUCAACGAAGUAUCAUAUACAGUCAAGAUGGUUGCAUGUGUUUCAGAGUGACCGUGACCGCCGAGACCUUGUGACUUGUGGUUGUGCUGCUGGAGUUGCUGCUGCUUUUAGGGCUCCUGUUGGUGGUGUACUUUUUGCACUUGAGGAGGUUACGUCUUGGUGGAGGAGUCAGCUUAUGUGGCGGGUAUUCUUUACAUCUGCUGUGGUGGCAGUUUUUGUUCGUUCAGCCAUGGGUUGGUGUAAAAAUGGAAAUUGUGGCCAUUUUGGUUCUGGUGGCUUCAUCAUAUGGGAUAUAUCUGGUGGUCAAGAGGAUUACUCUUUUCGGGAAUUAUUGCCCAUGGCUGUCAUUGGUGUUAUUGGGGGCCUUUUAGGAUCCUUAUUUAAUCAACUGACACUUUAUAUAACUCGUUGGCGUCGAAAUUAUUUACAUAAGAAGGGUAAUCAAAUAAAGGUCAUUGAAGUAUGCCUGGUGUCUUUAAUCACAUCUAUCCUGUCGUUUGGAUUGCCAUUGUUAAGGAAAUGUAGCCCAUGUCCCGAGUCAGAAGCCAACUCUGGUAUUGAUUGUCCUCGUCCACCAGGAACUUAUGGAAAUUAUGUAAAUUUUUACUGCUCCAAGGAUAAGGAAUACAAUGACCUGGCGACUAUAUUUUUUAAUACACAGGAUGAUGCUAUCCGUAAUCUGUUCAGUGCAAAAACAUUUCAUGAAUACAGUGCUAAAAGCCUUGUUACGUUUCUGGUAAUGUUUUAUUCUCUUGCUGUGGUAACUUUUGGAACUGCUGUACCAGCUGGUCAAUUUGUUCCUGGAAUAAUGAUUGGGUCAACAUAUGGGCGCCUUGUUGGCAUGUUUGUUGUCAACUUCUAUAAGAAGCUAAAUGUUGAAGAGGGAACGUACGCACUGCUUGGAGCUGCUUCAUUUCUCGGCGGAUCAAUGCGGAUGACGGUGUCCCUUUGUGUCAUAAUGGUCGAGAUCACAAACAACUUGAAGCUUCUACCUCUUAUCAUGCUUGUUCUUCUUAUUUCCAAGGCUGUUGGUGAUGCGUUCAAUGAAGGUCUAUAUGAAGAGCAAGCACGCCUAAGGGGUAUACCGUUACUUGAAUCCAGGCCAAAGUAUUUCAUGCGGAAGAUGACUGCAAAAGAAGCAUGCUCAAGUCAAAAGGUUGUCUCUCUUCCUCGUGUUGUUAAAGUUGCAGACGUAGUAUCUAUCUUAAGAAGCAACAAGCAUAAUGGGUACCCUGUGGUGGAUUAUUCUCGUGGUGGUGAGACUAUCAUUAUUGGGCUCAUACUACGGAGUCAUCUAUUGGUGCUUCUACAUUCUAAGCUAGACUUUCAACACGAUCCUUUGCCUUCCGAUACCAGAGGAUCAUUCGGGCAUGCCGCCAGUGAGUUUGUGAAACCUGUUUCUAGUAAAGGAAUGUCAGUUGAUGAAAUUCAGCUAGACCAAGUAGAUCUGGACAUGUAUAUAGAUCUUGCUCCUUUCUUGAAUCCCUCCCCAUAUAUAGUACCAGAAGAUAUGUCAUUGGCCAAGGUGUACAAUCUUUUCCGCCAGUUGGGGUUGAGGCAUAUAUUUGUUGUUCCUCGUGCAUCUCGUGUGAUUGGAUUAAUUACUAGGAAGGACCUUCUAAGAGAGGGAAAUGAAGAUUCAGCAACCGUGGAGUUACAAUCCAAUAGUGUAAGGCCUCCUCAACGUGAAAGGAAUAUGCUUGGGAAGCUUGAACAUGAGCGUCCACUUCUUGAUAGCCUUUUGAACCAAGGUUAGAUUAAGAUUGUCCAAGCACAGCUCCACUGAGAUGCAAUUUUUUUAGCAUUCCUUGUCUCUCCAUUUCUCCAUAACGUUCAAUCACAUUGUACAAGGUCAGUGCUCCAUUUUGCCCAUUGUUUUUCUUACUCAAAGAAGCCAAAGCUUAGAUGUAUCUCCUCUUGUAACAUAUACAGUAUGCUAAAAAAGGAAAACAUUGGGGCCAAAGUAACCCCAUGAAAGUUUUGUUAUACAUUACUCAAUAAUGAAUAUGACAUGAUUUUAUAGUAUCA